AUGUCGUCUCAUGUUCUUGGUAUUAUAGUUGAACGUGAGCGUGAGCGUGAACAACGCGAUGGCGAAAUCAUCCAGGAAACAACAGCGGCCGGAGCCGAAGCCGAAGCCGCCGGGGGUAAAGAUAAACCCAGCGUUGCCGACAACGAAGAGCAAGCUGCUGCUCAUCGGAGCAAAGAAGAGGAAGAAGAAGCUCGCAAGAAGAAGGAAGAAGCAGAGGCGGCGCUAAUGGUAUUCUUAGAGAUUUGGCUCCGUCACUGGAAAGAAGAUGUUGCUCGGAAGAAGAAGGAAGAGGAAGAAGAUGCUCGCAAGAAAUUAGAAGAUGCUCGCAAGAAAGAAGAUGCUCGUGCUUCGGACAAGAACUGCUUGGAGAGGUACCGCGACCACCAGUUUGAGAAAAUCAAGAAGGACAGGGAGGACUGGGAGGUGAAGAAGGAUGCGCUGGACAAGAUGCGCGAGUGGCUGAUGUUGCUGGCCACCCUCGCCGUGUCCAUCGCCUACAGCGCCGGCCUCAACCCGCCGGGCGGCCUGUGGCAAGACGACGGUGGUGGCCGCGCCGCCGGCACGCCGGUGCUGCAGUCCACCAACCGCUCGCGGUACCUGACGUUCUACUACUCCAACGCCAUGUCGUUCGUGACGUCGCUCGUCAUAAUCGCGCUGCUCUUCAACCGGAAGGCGAGCGUGCAGGCGCUCGUCUUUACCACCAUGUUCGACCUCAUGAGCCUCGUGGUGGCCUACAUCGCCGGAACCACCAGCGACUUGCUGUCGUCCAUCGGCCUCAUCACCAUCGCCAGCGCCGGCUUCAUCUACUUCGCCAAAGGGUGGGAACUCGAUCUACUGCAUCUUAAUCCAUCCAUCCAGAGUUCCAGACACAUCCCUCCUGCGGGCAGAAUCCUGAUAUUGUUGUUGUUUGCAUUGCAGGAUCCUGAGAUUAAUGUGGAUCGGCGCCCUCGCCACUGUGGCUAA